UAAUAUUUUAAUCAAUAAUACAUGAUUAUAAUUAUUUUAUAAAUAAUUAAAGUAUAAGAAAUUAAACUAACCUCUUUGUUGAUCUUUGCAAACCAACGUGAGCAAACGAUAAUCAACUUACAUUACGGAACACAACGUAUAUCGGCCUUACGCCCCAUGUGAUGGCACCCUACCAGUCGUAGUGUUUGAACAGUAGAAAAACUCUAGGCUUCUGCCGCUAUGAAUGGCUGUUGUUAAUCACGAAGUGCAAACGUAGUUAAACGAGACGAGAUACUCCCGAAUUUUUGAACCUGCCGCUGUUUGUGAUUUUUGUGAAUUGUCGGUUUGAAACAUUUAAAUUUUGGAAUAAUCAUCUUUGUGUUGUGUUGAAAAGGAUCUGAAAGGAUCUAAGUAUACUGUAACGUGAUAUUCUGUUAUUAAUUCAACAUGUAUAUCAAAUCGAUGGUAUUGGAAGGAUUUAAGUCCUAUGGUAAACGAAUUGAAAUUAACGGAUUUGACAAGGAAUUCAACGCAAUUACGGGAUUUAAUGGUAGCGGAAAAUCAAACAUUUUGGAUGCAAUAUGUUUUGUUUUGGGCAUUACGAAUCUUGGCCAGGUACGAGCUACUUCAUUGCAAGACUUGGUGUAUAAAACAGGUCAAGCAGGAAUAAAAAAGGCCAGUGUAACAAUAACAUUUGACAAUCAUGACAGAGAGUCUUCUCCUAUGGGCUAUGAACAGCAUGAGGAAAUUGUGAUUACUAGACAAGUGGUGAUUGGUGGUAAAAAUAAGUACAUGAUCAAUGGGACAAAUGUACCAAAUAAACGGGUGCAAGAUUUGUUCUGUUCUGUUCAAUUAAACGUGAAUAAUCCACACUUUUUGAUUAUGCAAGGUAGAAUAACAAAAGUGUUGAAUAUGAAGCCAGUAGAAAUUUUAUCCAUGCUUGAAGAAGCGGCGGGAACAAAAAUGUAUGAGAAGAAGAAGCAAUUAUCACUGAUCACUAUAGAAAAAAAGGAUAGUAAAUUAAAAGAGAUAAAUAACAUUUUGAAAGAAGAGAUAGGCCCAAAGUUGAACAAAUUAAAAGAAGAGAGAACAAGAUAUGUAGAAUUUCAAGGUAUAGAAAGAGAACUUGAACAUAGCAAACGAAUUCAUCUUGCUUGGAAGUAUGUUGCUGCUCUCAGUAAUAGUCAAAAGACAGAAGAAGAUGUUAAGAUUGUACAAAAUAAAAUAGAUUCAAAAUUUGAAGAUAUAGCUGCUGGUCAAGAAGAAAUCAAGAAUAUUGAAGUAAAGUGUGCUGAACUAUUAAAGAAAAAAGAAGUGGAAAAAGGUAGUAUGUUAGAAGCCUUGGAGCAGGAGCUACAGGAAUAUGAAAAGAAGCAAUACAAAUUAUCAGCCGAAGUAAACAGUAACAAGGAAAAUGUUAAAGCUAUGAAAAAAACGACGGAACAAAUAAAAAUUAAUAUAACAGACGAUAAAAAUGCACUUGUUUUAAAGGAGAAAGAAUUAGAGAAAGUUGGAGGACUUUUUCAGAACUUGAAGGAAAUGUGUCAAAAAGAUACCGAUGCAGUAUUAGAAGCACAAGAAAAAUAUCAGAAGAUCAGUGCAGGUCUACUAGAGAGCGAAGACGGUGAAAAUGCAACGUUGGAACAACAAUUAAUAAAUGCCAAGCAAAACGUAACACAAGCACAGACUGAGCUUAAACAAUGUGAGAUGACACUAAAUCAUAACAAACAGCAAUUGAACAAAAAACAAAAGGAUAUGCAUAAUACUGGGACCGAAUAUAAAAAAUACAAUAUGGAUUUAGAGAAGAAAGAAAAAGAGUUGAAGAAUUUGGAAAAUGAAAUGCAGAAGUUGAAUUACAAGGAUGGUUAUUUGGAAGAUUUGAAAAACCAAAGAAAUAACUUGAUUGCAGAAAUGAAACCGUUGCGUGAACAAUUGGAUCAAUUUGAAUCAAGAUAUCCUCGAACAAGAUUUCAGUAUCAAAAUCCUGAACCUAAUUUCAAUGCAAAAUCUGUAAAAGGUAUUGUGUGCAAAUUAAUUAAUGUGAAGGACAGAAAAGCCGCGUACGCCUUGGAAGUUGCUGCAGGUGGAAAGCUUUAUAAUGUAAUAGUCGACACUGAGACCACAAGCAAGAAAAUCCUCCAACAUGGACAAUUACAACAACGAGUUACAAUUAUUCCACUGAAUCGAGUGGCUGGUAGAUUCAUGGAUCAACAAACGAUCACUAUGGCUGAAAAAUUAGUUGGAAAAGAGAAUGUUCAACCUGCUUUAUCUCUUAUAGAUUUUCCAGAUGAAAUUAGGCCAGCAAUGACGUGGAUAUUUGGUCAGAUAUUUAUAUGCAAAGACAUGGAAACUGCUAAAAAAAUAGCUUUUCAUGAAAGGAUUAUGAAAAAGUGUGUUACUUUGGAAGGUGACCUUUAUGAUCCAGCUGGUACAUUAUCUGGCGGUGCUCAGGCGAAAUCUGGAUCAGUUUUAUUAAAACUGGAAGAAUUAAAACAAAUUCGGAAUGAAUUAAAUAACAAAGAACAGCUUUUAAAAGAUAUAGAAACAGAUUUGUCAAAUGUUGUAAAAACUGCAGAAAAAUAUGCAUUGUUGAAACAGAAAUAUGAUGUGUUAACUUAUGAAAUUAGCAUGAUACGACAGAAAUUACAACAAACAAGUUAUCAUAAAAUCAAGGAAGAGGUGGAUUCUAUAAAUGCAGCUAUUGAAGAGCUUACACAACGAAUGGCCACGGCAAAGAAUUUAGAAAAGGAAAGUACAAAACGUGCAAAGGACAUAGAAAUUCAAUUAAAGGAUGCAGUAAAUGUUCGUGAAAAACAAUUGAAAGAAGCUGAAAACCAACUAAAUAUCUUGAAGAAAAAAGCAGAACAAAGUCGCAAAGAAUGGCAGAAGAGAGAACAAGAAUCAGAAACGCUUGAAUUAGAAAUAAAAGAAUUAAAAAAAAGUAUUGAAAAUGGUAAUGAACAAUUGCUUCAAGCAAAUGAAAAGAGCAAUAGAUUUGAAGAAAAAGGAAAAACUCUUCAACAAGAAUUCGAAGAAACCAAAAGUAAAGUUGUAGAAUUGCAGAAUAAUAUUAAGAAACAAAAGGAUAUUAUUAAUCAGCAGAACAAAGAUAUGCAAAGGUUAAUAACGAGAAAAGAAGAUAUUACUAAACAAAAUAAAGAUUUGGAAUUAGAUAUUAAAAAAUUAAAUCAUGAAAUGAAUGAUAUCAAAAAAUCUGCGGCGGAAUGUAAACAAAAAGUUUUGGAGCUCACAAGAAAGUAUGAGUGGAUUGAGCAAGAGAAACCUUACUUUGGAAAGAAAGGUGGUAUAUAUGACUUCGAAGUUAAUAAACCAGAGGAAAUGGAACAAAAAGUAAUUUUUCUAGAAAAAACGCGUGAAAAAUUAAGCCGUAAUAUAAAUACACGGGCAAUUAAUCUCCUUGAUAAAGAAGAAGAACAAUAUAAUGACACAUUAAAAAAGAAAAGAAUAGUUGAAAAUGAUAAGAAUAAAAUUCUUGAAACAAUUAAGAACUUGGAUGAAAAGAAGAAACAAACUUUGCUUAAAGCUUGGAAACAGGUGAACAAAGACUUUGGCUCUAUAUUUAGCACUUUAUUACCGGGAGCCGAAGCCAAGUUACAACCACCAGAAAAUGAAACAAUAACAGAUGGUUUAGAAGUGAAAGUUGGAUUUUCGGGUGUCUGGAAAGAGUCAUUGGGAGAACUGUCUGGCGGUCAAAGAUCCCUAGUUGCUUUGUCAUUAGUAUUAGCCAUGCUUCUUUAUAAACCUGCACCGCUUUAUAUUUUGGACGAAGUAGAUGCUGCCUUAGAUCUUUCGCAUACGGAAAAUAUAGGUACAAUGUUAAAGAGACACUUUAAACAUUCACAAUUUAUUGUUGUAUCCUUAAAGAAUGGUAUGUUCAACAACGCCAAUGUUUUAUUUACGACUAGAUUUAUUGACGGUAUGUCGACAAUAAGUAGAAGUGAAAAAGCAAGAUCUAAAUAAUUAUGUAACAUAAGUUUUAUUAUUAUGAUGAAAUUAAUAUUUUUAUAUUAUAUACAUAAUUUAAGUGACUACUGUUUAUAUUGAGAUACAUUUUUAUUUGUCUAUAAGAUCGAUUUGUAUCUCCAUUAUGUAAUAAUAAUACUUAUGAAAAUA